UCCUCCCAGCCCAGCACCAUGGAAGUGCCCCCCAAGAGCCCCGACGGGAGCGAGAAGUCCCCCCAGAGCAAGGAGCUGAUCCCCAGCAGCACGGGCAGCACGCUGUGCAUCAGCUCCCGCAGCGAGUCCGUGUGGACCAGCGCGCCCAGGAGCAGGUGGGACAUUUACCACAAGCCCCUCAUCGUGGUGUCCGUGGGAGCCGCCGUCUUCCUCUUCGGGGUGGUCAUCACCAGCCUGGCCUGCUUCCUCACCAAGCACAAGAAGGUUUACAAGAUGUCUGGCCCGGCUUUCCUGUCCCUGGGACUGAUGCUCCUGGUCUGUGGCCUGGUCUGGAUCCCCAUCAUCCGCAAGAAGCAGAAGCAGAGGCAGAAGUCCCAGUUCCUGCAGAGCCUCAAGUCCUUCUUCUUCAACCGCUGA